GUUUGUGUCUUGCAGACGUCCAGCAGCUGAUCGGUAAUCCAGAAGAAGUUUCCCCUCAGUUAGGGGGGAGCUCCACUUUGAAGCAGGAGACUCCACAACCACCCUGCAUUAAAAAGGAAGAGGAGGAACUCUGCAUCACUCAGGAGGGAGAGUGUCUUCUAGGACGAGAGGAAGCUGAUUACACCAAGUUUCCACUGAGUAUUCUCUCUGUGAAGACUGAAGAUGAUGAAGAGGAACCACAAGUAGACAACCUCUUAGCUCCACUAUCAGAUAGUGAGGCUGAAGACGAGGUUGAAGAACCUUUGAGCAGCGACACAGACUGUGAAGGUGAUAUGAGGACUCACACUGACAACAAACACUCUGAAUGCUCUACAAAGAAGAGAGGUAAAACAUGUUUGAGCUGCUCGGUUUGUGCUGAAAGUUUUACUAAAAAGAGCCUUUUGACUCGACACAUGAGAACACACACAGGAGAAAAACCAUUGAAUUGUUCAGUUUGUGGCAAAAGCUUUUCUCAAAAUAGCUGGUUGACUCAACACAUGAGAACACACACAGGUGAAAAACCAUUUUAUUGUUCAGUUUGUGGCAAAAGCUUUUCUGUUAAGUGCAAUUUGACUGAACACAUGAGAACACACACAGGUGAAAAACCAUUUAAGUGUUCAGUUUGUGGCAAAAGCUUUUCUCAAAAUCGCAAGUUGACUCAACACAUGAGAACACACACAGGUGAAAAACCAUUUAAUUGUUCAGUUUGUGGCAAAAGCUUUUCUGUUAAGUGCAAUUUGACUGAACACAUGAGAACACACACGGGUGAAAAACCAUUUAAUUGUUCAGUUUGUGGAAAAAGCUUUUCUCAAAAUAGCCAGUUGACUCAACACAUGAGAAUACACACAGGACAAAAAACAUUUAAUUGUUCAGUUUGUGGCAAAAGCUUUUUUGGUAAGCACAGUUUGAUUAAACACAUGAGAACACACACAUGUGAAAAACCAUUUAAUUGUUCAGUUUGUGGAAAAAGCUUUUCUGUUAAGCACAGUUUGAUUAAACACAUGAGAACACACACGGGUGAAAAACCUUUUAAUUGUUCAGUUUGUGCAAAAGGUUUUUCUCAAAAUAGCUAUUUGACUCAACACAUGAAAACACACGCAGGAGAAAAAAACUUUAAUUGUUCAGUUUGUAGCAAAAGCUUUUCUCAUAAUUGCAGUUUGACUGAACACAUGAGAACACACACAGGUGAAAAACCUUUUAAUUGUUCAGUUUGUAGCAAAAGCUUUUCUCAACAUUUCAGUUUGACUAAACACAUUAGAACACACACAGGUGAAAAACCAUUUAAUUGUUCAGUUUGUAGCAAAAGCUUUUCUCAAAAUUGCAGUUUGACUCAACACAUGAGAACACACACAGGUGAAAAACCAUUUAAUUGUUCAGUUUGUGGCAAAAGUUUUUCUCAAAAUAGCAAUUUGACUAAACACAUGAGAACACACACAGGUGAAAAACCAUUUAAUUGUUCAGUUUGUGGCAAAAGCUUUUGUCAAAAUGUCAAUUUGACUCAACACAUGAGAUCACACAAGUGAAAAAACAUUUACUUGUUCAGUUUGUGGUAAAAAACUUUUCUCGAAAUUGCAAUUUAACUGAACACAUGAGAACACACAGGUAAAAAACCAUAUAAUUGUUCAGUUUGUGGUAAAAGCUUAUCUCAAAAUAGCUAUUUGAGUCGACAGAUGAGAACACACACAGGUGAAAAACAUUUAAAUGUUCAGUUUGUGGCAACAGCUUGUUCAGUUUGUGAUAGAAUAUUUUCUCUUAAUUGCAAUUUGACUCAACACAUGAGAACACACACAGGUCAAAUAACAUGCAACUGUUCGAUGUGUGGUGAAAACUUUUCUAUUAAGAACCGUUUGACUCAACACAUGAGAACACACACAGGUGAAAAACCAUUCAGUUGUUCAGUGUGCUUUAAAAGGUUCCUACAUAAUGCAGACACAGUAAAACAUAAGAACACACAAGGGAAAAUAAUCCAUUAGAUGUUUAGUUUGUGGUAUGUUGCUCAUAUGUGGCGACAUCCACCCUACCCAGGACCUCCUCACUGCUUCUUUCACAAAUAUCUGAGGUAUUCAUACAAAUUUGGAUGAUAUGGAGCAUAAUCUUAUCUACUCAUGACCCCAUGUCUUCUCUGUAUCUGAAACCUUCCUGAACAGUAAGAUAGAUGAUGCUUCAAGUGCUUGGUUACUCCUUCUUCAGUCCAGGGACCUGGGGCCUCAUGUGUCAAGUUUGUGCACGCUCAAAAACCUGCACUACACCCUUUUUCACUGCAAAGUUGACAUGUAUCAAAACUGACGUUGGGAUGCUGGGUAACUGUUUGCAUAACAAAGUGCCAACUUUUACUCCUCAGACUGAUUGAUGUGCAAAUCAGAGACAUAUGAACAAUUAACCCUCAACACCCACAACCCAACCCCCACCUCCCUCGAAUGUCGAGAGAUAAGUUUGCGAAGUGUAAAAUUCAGCUGUAUUUUUAAUGAAAGAAACUGAUGUUCUAAAUGUGUCCACUGGAUGUUGUAAUAGCAAUUCUGUUAGGCAAGCAAAUAGCUUGAUGGGCGAGCAAGUAUACCAAGCAAGAGGUACACGGUAAAGCGGGGCUGUGACUCCUCCCCCUCCACCCAACGUAAAACAGGAGUAAAAUAAGCAAUCAGUAACCCCACUUAAAAUGCAGCAUGAGACACUGCACACUGAUAUAGUUCUGUGAAAAUGAUUGUCUUCUGUGCAAAUGUAAAGAAAGUGAACAGUGUGUGAUUUACUGCAAUACUGUCAGUCUUUGAACUUUUUAUUUGUGCUUUGUUGAAAUUGUUCACACAUUGCACAGCUUUUAUUUUUCUAUCAAUACACAUUAUGUCUAGAAGACAGGAAGUAACUCAACACUCUUGAAUAGUUUCUACCUCAGUUUGUAUGGUUUGUUGAGUUAGCACAGGAUUAAUAUGUGGAAAUGACAAAUGAGGUAGUUGAUACAUAGAAUAGUUUUUAUUCAUGCUUUAUUUUGUUUUUUGUUCAAUCCUAGAUGGGUUGUGACUUAAAGUUUAAUAGAAACACUGAGAUUAAGUCUAAGUUCAUUGUGUUCU